AUGCGUCUUACCAACAUCUUCUCUGUGACUAUUGUGGCCAUUCUCCAUUCCGGCAGCACCGCUCUCCCUUUGAUCACGGACCCGAAGACUUUGGUCGCUAGCGAUGCCUCGACUGAUGUUGUCGCUCUUCUGCAAACCAAUGGAGGGCGGCUGUUGCGACGUGUUGGAUAUGAUGAUGAAAGUGAGAUCGAGGAAGAGAGAGGCUUCGGGGAGGUGAAAAAGGCGGCGAGUAAACUGAACCCAGUUAAAGCUGCGAAAAAGACCGCCAAGUUAAAAUAG